AUGGCUGCAGGAUACAAGUUCCUUACCUUAUUAACGAAAGGACGAGAUACAAAGUCGCCCGAGCACUCUGAAAUACUUCGAUAUCUCCGGAAACGCAACUUCACGGCCAAUCUUUCACGUCUAGAAUCUCCAUCCUACAAAAAGCCACCCCGUUCGAAACAACGACUCAAUCCUCCACUCCUCACCAAAGUCUCUGCGCCUGAUGAGCCUGCUAAAUACGAACCGACAAUUCGCCCUCUACCAAAAUCUGCUUUUGUAGGUGAGCGAAAGGCACCAGUUUCUGGUAAUACUGCCGAAUCCCUACCGUUCCUGCGGAUCAAGAAACCACAGCCGAGGGUGUUCUCACGGGCAGUUGGUAGAAAGACAGCCAUGUUUCGACGAUCUGUUGAAACUUUUUUGGAUGUUUCCAAAAAAGAAAUUCCGAGGGCUAGAUUAGAGGAUCGUUGGGAUACCAUGAUGGACAAAUUGCUACAUGAAGAGGGUGCCACAGACGAAAUCGGACGGGACGAGCCAUCGGCGUCAUAUCACUUUACUGCAACUCUGACCAAAGCUUGGUGGGAUCAAAAGCUUUCGAAGUUCACAGACGACUGGACGGCUCGCGGUAAAGCAGUGAGCAGUCUUAUUGAGCAGGAACAUGCAUUGGUAAAGGAGGAAAAAGAGGGCGGCGCAGAGCCAACUGAUCCUCAAGUAGCAAAGGAGAAUUUGGAUACAAUCCUGACAGAGUAUCGCCAAAAGCAGUCCGAAUUGGAACGAACGAAAGACAAUUCAUUUGAAGAUCCGUUCUUGUCCGAACAAUGGAUGGCAAAGGCACAAAAAUUAGAGCGUGAGUAUGCCAAGAAGUAUGGAGGCAUAGUGGACGACAGUGGUAGACGAGUCUCGUGGGCAAAGAGGCAAGGGCUGGCAAAGAAAGAGAAUUCUCUGUUAGGGGAGGUGGAAUCUGACGACGAUGCUCGAUUUUUCAGUCAAGUUGCGGCCAUGCGAAGAGGUCGUCAAUAA